AGAUCACAUCCGGGGCUGGUUUAUUCUAAUAAUGAAACGUCCAACCCGGAAAAAAAGACAAGUAUUCUGUAAUCCGAUCACACAAACAAAUUGAAGAGGGUGUUGGGGUUUCAUGCACGCCGGUCUCGCGAAUAUCCACUGCUUGUUUCAGGCUUUAAAAACUUUAUUUAGCAUGCUCCCGUUCACCAAACUCGCUUCUCUCUCCUCUGCUUCGUAGCCCUGCGGGGCGCUGGCUGUGGCGCACACCGACUCUCCACAGCGGUGAUAUGUGAUAUCGGCAGCAUGCCGUACGUGGACCGGCUGAACCGUGUGUGCGGCUUCCUGGACAUCGAGGAGAAGGAGAACAGCUGCCGCUUCCAGAGACGAUACUUCAUCCUUGACACGCAGGGAAAUGCACUGCUGUGGUAUAUGGACAACCCUCAGAACCUGCCCAGUGGAGCCAGCUCUGUUGGCAGCUUGAGAUUAACCUAUAUUUCUAAGGUGAGUGAAGCUACAACGAAGCAAAAACCCAAGACUGAGUUCUGCUUUGUCAUCAAUGCACUUUCACGACGGUACUUCCUGCAAGCCAAUGAUGUGACUGACAUGAGAGACUGGGUGGCUGCUCUCAACAAGGCCAGCAAGAUAACUGUGCCCAAGUCUUGCCCUGCACCUGUGAAGUCCGAUGUGACCGCAGUGAUCAGUGACGCUCAAGGAGGAAAGAGACAGGCCUACAAGGCUGAGAUUAUUGGCGGUGUGGUGGUGCACACUCUGAUUCAGAAUGACAACGAAGAGGCAGAAGGGAGAGAGAGGAAGGGCAACCGGCCGGGUGUGCUGAGAUGUGGUUACUGUGUUAAACAAGGAAAUGUGAGGAAGAAUUGGAAGAGGCGGUUUUUCACCCUGGAUGACAACACAGUCAGUUACUACAAGUCUGAGAUGGAAAAAGAGCCUCUCCGAUCUAUUCCACUGAGGGACAUUCAGAAGGUGCAUGAAUGCCUUGUCAAGUCGGGGGAUCUCCUGCUGAGAGAUAAUCUCUUUGAGAUCAUCACCGGCAGCCGAACUUUCUACAUUCAGACAGACUCUCCAGAGGACAUGCAUGGUUGGAUCAGGGACAUUCAGGUGAAGAUCCAGGAUUUCAGGGGUCCCUCUAAGGGUUUUUCUUUUAAACGCUCUUCUUCUUACUAUCGGAGUCAUAAUCCUUCCUCUACGUCUCGUGGUCAGCAAAUUGAAGCAGAAAGGAGACCUACACUGGUCAAGUCGUGCUCUGUGGCACCAGGCUGGCAGCCCUGGACACCUGUUCCGCCGUGUGAACCCUCUAUUGUGGAUACCGAGGAUGAUGACAGCGCGUUCAGCUCUGUGGCCACUCUGCCUUCGCCCUCCUCUUCAUCCACCUCCUCCUCUGCUUCCUCCUCCUCUAACUCCCUCUCUGCUCCAAACCCUUGCCCCAGUGCACAUCCAGCACCUUCGACCAGUGGACUGGGGAUGCUCACAGCAUCCGCAGAUGCGGCGACCGGGCGUCGGAGGCACCGAUCGCAGCCUCAGCCUCAAACCGCCUGCAGCUUUCCGUUCAGCUUGGAUGACGACAGCAUCCGCACCACAGAUGUGUAGUCCAGAGAGGUUUGAGCAGAGUCCUGUGUGGGCUAUACCGGUACCUGUUUUAAAUGAAUGUGACUGCUAUUGAAGGGACACUGUGACCAUCUGCCUCAAUGCCAUUCCAUGAGCUUGGUGCCCCCAGCUGGUGAAGUAGCAGUUUUGCAGAUGAAGGAUGCACCUGGCUGGAGGAAGGCUAAGAGGCGUAGUGCUUGUUGUACACAAGACUGUGAAAAAAAUGAGAUGGAGUGUUUUGUUUUUGGUUUUGUUUUUUUGCUUUUUGUUUUUUAAGUGCAACUUCCUCUGAAAACUUGAAUGAUUUCGUUUAAUUGUUCUCGCAGACUUAAAAAUUACCGCACACGCUUUCACUCUUGCUCUCCAUUAUCACCAAAUUUGUAUUAGCAGGAUCACAGUAUCACCCCAGCUACAAGUGUUCACAUUCAUAUUAUAGUUUUAUAUUCAAGCUUUUUUUUUGCGUUUAAAUGUAUCGGUCAUUUUUAGUUUUGUUUUCCUCCUCUGCUCCUGAGAGGCAUCGUGUGUGAAAAGCCUCACAGGAUAAUUCACAAGCAUUUUAUUCCCGUUUAUGUGUUUGCUCUGAAAGCCCUCAGAGGCAAGUGAGGGGGGGAAUUCUGGUGAGCUAUUUCUAAAUCUGAUCCAUAUUGUUUUCUCUCAUGUGUAUGGAUUUAGAACAAGUAACUUUUUUUUUUUGUUUAUUUACUUUUUGCUAAAUCUGUGAAAAAAGAUAGGGGGUUUAAAAAAAAAAAAGGCUUUUUUCUAUUUCUGGAGUGUUUGCUUGCAUAGGCCUCAUUUUAGCCACAUUACACCACCACUCCAUGUUUUAAAUAAGAGAUUAAGCCAUUCGUACUUUCCCUCUAGUUGGAUUAUUGUGUCUUUAAAGGGGGCUUUUCUAACCAUUUGAAUAAUUUCACCCACGGCUCACCAUGCCUUCCACAGCAGCAACUCUAAGUUACUAGGAAGAUUGUACUGUUGAUGUGAAGAAGAGUAACACUAAUGACCGUGUGCAGGAUAACAUCUGUAUCAACACAAUUUACUUCAGCUUGUGUCCAUUGGCAUGUUCUCUUGUAGCAUGCUCGGAAACCCUAACCCACCUACGUAAGAGAAGCAAGAUGGGAAUUUUAGAUAACUUCUAAAGACAUAAUAUAUGUACCCUGUAUUUAAGGGUGCACGAAGGAAUUAAAUGCUUUUAGUUUAGUUUUAGGUGGCCUCUUUUACCCUCUUGUGGCCAACAAAAAUAUUACACAAGUGACAAAAUGCAGGGAAAAAAAACGUUUCUCACUUGUUUUCAUUGGAAAAAAUGAAAUGUAGAAAAACACGUUUUCCCUGCGAAAGAUUUUUACAACAUGAGAUUAAAGUAACUUCAUACUAAAAUGAUCCUGACACUGGCAACUUUUCUUUCAUUCAUAUUCACAGCCAGAAAAAAUAUAGUUACUCAAAAAAUUUGCUUCUCUUUUUCAUGUGCCGAAUUUAGAAAAAAUAUCCGUGGCAAACCAGCGCUAGUGUUUUGUUUGUUUGUUUGUUUGUUUCAUAGAGUUCAUAAAUCCAAAAUAGAAAACAAGUUUGAUUUUGCAAAUAGAUCAUCAUAUUUGUUUUUGUUCUCACUUGCCUCUCAGGGCUUUCAUAUCCACCACUAUGUUUUAAUACUUGGCUUAAAAGAUCAAUUUUCAGUAAACUGUGACUCUUCUGUUUGGUUAUAACACGGUAACAUACUAAUACUGCAGUGUUUUCAUGGUACUUAUAAAAUUUAGCUAAGCUGUUGGUAAAGCAAUUUUCUUUUUGCGGCGUUAUCUGGGAAGAUUUGCCACUACUUUUGAUCAUUUUAUCUGCACUUUGUGUUUCUUUUUACUUGUUUUUUUCCUUGUUUUGUCACUGCUUUCACACCACAUACUACAGUUUCCUCUUAGGUUAUGCCCCUUUUUUUUGUACACGCUUAAUAGGCUCACCUACAGAUUUUAUUGAUGUGGUACCAGGUUUAUUCCUGUUUCCGUUUUCUGAAGCUAUGUGCACUCAUCUGCCUGCAAGUAAUGUUAAUUUUCUUUCUUGUAAAUAAAACGAGGCUUUUUAUUUGUUUA